GAUCACAUAUAUCAAUCACUUACUGUGUGGAUCUUAGUAGUGAUCACUCUUUUGUUCCUACGUUGUAAAGGAAGAUCAGCAAGCAUGGCUUCAUUGACAGAGCCAUGGCUACUUGAAAACGGCAACGCAAAGGGGUUGAGCAAGGAGACAAGGCAUGGACAUGGACACAGCCAUGGCCGGACCGCACAUAACAUGUCCUCGUCCUCGCUGCGUAAGAAGUCUGAUUUGUCCCUGGUGUCCAAAGUCCCUUGUGGGCUUGUCAGGAAUGUGUUGGCUAAUCUUCAGGAGGUCAUUCUCGGGACUAAGCUCUCUGUUCUCUUUCCCGCCAUUCCUCUAGCCAUCUUGGCUCAGUGUUACGGAUUUGCAAGUCCUUGGGUUUUCGGUUUGAGCUUACUUGGACUUACCCCGCUUGCCGAACGUCUCAGCUUUCUGACAGAGCAAAUUGCAUUCUUCACUGGUCCCACUGUGGGAGGGCUUCUGAAUGCAACAUGUGGAAAUGCACCAGAGCUCAUUAUAGCAAUAUUUGCGCUGCUUCAAAACAAAGUGGAUGUGGUGAAGUACUCUCUCUUGGGUUCCAUUCUUUCCAACCUUCUUUUGGUUCUUGGGACCUCUCUAUUGUGUGGUGGCCUUGCCAACCUUACAAAUGAACAGAAAUAUGACAGGAAACAAGCUGAUGUCAAUUGUGGCCUUUUGUUGCUGGCAUUGUUGUGCCACAUGCUACCCUUAAUGUUCGGAUAUGCCGGAGAAUCUGCUUCGGUGAUUGCAAAUUCAACACUCGCGUUAUCGAGAGUGAGUAGCAUUGUGAUGCUGAUCGCCUAUGGUGCUUACCUUGUCUUCCAGUUGGCGACUCACCGACAAUUCUUUGAAGCAGAAGAGGAAGAUGAUGAUGUGGUAAAUAAUGAAGCGCCUGUGAUAGGAUUUUGGAGUGCAUUUGUCUGGCUAGUUGGGAUGACUGCGGUCAUAGCUUUAUUGUCCGAGUAUGUUGUAGGCACAAUUGAGGCUGCUUCAGAAUCUUGGGGCCUUUCUGUAAGCUUCAUCAGCAUAAUCUUGCUACCAAUUGCUGGAAAUGCAACCGAACAUGCCGGAGCUGUCAUAUUUGCUUUUAAGAACAAGUUGGAUAUAACUUUGGGUGUUGCUCUGGGUUCUGCAACGCAAAUUUCUAUGUUUGUGGUUCCACUAAUCGUGACUAUCGCUUGGAUUGUUGGUAUAAAAAUGGAUCUUGAUUUCAAUCUCCUUGAGACCGGUUCUCUUGCCCUGGCCAUAAUUAUCACAGCCUUCACUUUACAGGACGGGACAUCUCACUACAUGAAAGGUUUUAUUCUUCUGCUGUGCUACAUUGUAAUCGGAGCUUGCUUUUUCGUUUCCAAAACACCACUGAAUGGUGCAAAUGACUUGCACUCUGGAGUUAGAUCAUCAACUGAAGGAAUCCUCAGAGUCUGAUAAGCUUUGGGCUGGGUGCUAUCAAGCGAGGAUCGAUGUUCUACAGAUUGAAUGCAUUUGUUAUUCUUUCAUUUUGGAUCGGCCUUUCCUGCGCAUUCAUCAUUCUGCUGUAUGUUGCUUUGUUUAUAAAGAGUUUCGUACCUUCAAAGCUUGAGAUGGAUACUAUACAGAGUGAGUUGGUACCAUUGAAGCUUGUCUGAAGAGUGGCCCGAGUGGGCUACAGCAUAUAUAAAUGGUCAUAUAUAUGUAUAGGUUUGUCUAUGUUUUAGUUAAUUGGGCUUCAUUUCUUCUGGGUGGUGGCAAAUGGGAUUUUUCCUGUUUUCGAAGUGGAAUAAUCAAUGAAUAAUAGCUCCUGUUGUUUGAUUUUGAAA